AUGGGAGAAACGCAAAUAUGGGAGAAACGCAAAUAUGGGAGAAACGCAAAUAUGGGAGAAACGCAAAUAUGGGAGAAACGCAAAUAUGGGAGAAACGCAAAUAUGGGAAAAACACAAAUAUGGGAAAAACGCAAAUAUGGGAAAAACGCAAAUAUGGGAAAAACGAAAAUAUGGGAAAAACGAAAAUAUGGGAAAAACGAAAAUAUGGGGAAAACGCAAAUAUGGGGAAAACGCAAAUAUGGGGAAAACGCAAAUAUGGGGAAAACGCAAAUAUGGGGAAAACGCAAAUAUGGGGAAAACGCAAAUAUGGGAAAAACGCAAAUAUGGGAAAAACGCAAAUAUGGGAAAAACGCAAAUAUGGGAAAAAUGCACAUAUACGAAAAACGCAAAUAUGGGAAAAACGCAAAUAUGGGAAAAACGAAAAUAUGGGAAAAACGCAAAUAUGGGGAAAACGCAAAUAUGGGGAAAACGCAAAUAUGGGGAAAACGCAAAUAUGGGGAAAACGCAAAUAUGGGGAAAACGCAAAUAUGGGGAGAACGCAAAUAUGGGGAAAACGCAAAUAUUGGAAAAAUGCAAACAUGGGAAAAACGCAAACAUGGGAAAAACGCAAACAUGGGAAAAACGCAAGCAUGGGAAAAACGCAAACAUGGGAAAAACGCAAGCAUGGGAAAAACGCAAGCAUGGGAAUAA